CAGUCGAGCAGUCGUUUUCACUCUCAAUGAUCGAGGAUCCGCACUUGGAGCACGAGACGAAACGACCGGACGCUGGACGAUCAAGCGUGGACACGCGCGAUUUCAGGCCGUGCCGGAGUGAAACUGAAAUGGUGAAUCGCGCUCCACGCUUCGUAAAUUUGAACGCUUCGAUCUCCCGUCGAUAUCGUACUCGAACUCGAACUCGACCGGCGCUGCGCGAGUGUGCAAGAUGGCGACGAGUGUUUUCAGGUUGGAUAGGUGCGGUUCUCUCGGCGCGGUUAUAAAUCGUCGUAUCGGCUAUCGACGCUAUCUCGUGCAAUAGAUCGCACCUGCUAAAGUCCAUCCGGAUGGACCGGAGCAUCCGAUCGAAUCGCCAGUAAAACGUUCCGCCGCGACUUGCGACAGUCUCGCGCUCGGUCAGCUGUCAGAUGUUUGUAUACGCGCGACCCGUUAGUACAUCGUGUGUAGUGCAUCGCGGAAUCAUUACGGACAGGACGUAAUAACGCGUCGCGAUCGGCUGCGUUGGAUUCGAUGAGAGUGCCUGCCGCACGAGGAGAGAGCCCGGCACAGACAUGGAAAAAUUCGAGGCGUUGGGAUGGUACCUGUCUGACCACGGUUACAACGUGGCGACGGAUUCAGGGAACAUAGUCGACACACAGAGGAUAGUGAAACGAUUAUUGGACCUUGAUUUGAAAGAGAUCAGCAGUGGGAAUGGAGACAUUAAUCAGGGUAACAUCGUGUUACAAAUACAAAAGAUACGUAACAUCUCGGCACCCAAGGGAAACGAGGAGUCGAGGGCAGCUCCACGAAUGUUGAAGCUGUCGUUGACGGAUGGGAAGAAUAAUUUGCAAGCCUUAGAGAUCGAGCAUAUAUCAGCUUUAAGUUUAAACACACCACCUGGUACAAAGAUAUUGAUAAAGUCAGGAGCCUUACCUUCGUCACACGGAAUUCUGUUGUUAGUGCCGUCGUACGUAGUCCAAGUGCUUGGGGGUAGAGUCGCCAGUCUAGUGGAAAAAUGGGAAUUAAACAAGAAAUUGGCCUUGCACAGCCGAGUAAGAUCUGCCGAGGAGGGCGGACCGCCACCGUGGAUCCCUUUCGGUAAAAAGAUCAUCAAGGUCUCGGAGCAGGACAAGAACUUCAAAGCCUUGAUGGAGAAAGAUAAACCCAGUAAGGAGAAUACGGAGUUCGAGACGCAGCGUAAAGACGCGAUCGCGGAAGCCGCUAAGCAGGGCAGCAAGAAGGUGUUCGGCGGUGGGAAUAAGCAGCUACUGGAUCACAGCGUGCAGAAGAUCGUGGAUCGCGGAUUCACCAUAGAGCAGGCGGAGUACGCUCUGAGAGUUAAUCGAAAUAACGUAGACCGAGCUCUGAGAAGCCUGCAGAAGACGGACAGUAAAAUUAACGCGAAGGAACCUCGGGAACCACGGGAACCGCGCGGCAAACGGUUCGACAAGAAAGCCGAGGAGAGUAAGCCGAGCAGCGGGAAGAUCUCGCUGUUCGACUUCCUCGAGGAUAAGCUGCCCGUGCAGCCUGAGAGCAACGACACGAUCCUGCCUUCGCAGAGCAACCACAUGCAGAGCAACGACAGCAACCAGGAUCGUCUGGAAUCGAGGGGCGCCGAUGCGCAGAGCGGACGAGGUGCGCGCGGUCAGAAAAGUGGCCGCGGGUAUCAGCCACCCCCGAGGCACCUGGAGGAGCACAAGAACGGCAGACGACCAGCGAGCAGCAACAACAGCGCCGGUCCCGGCGCGUAUUCGCAGUACAACGGCGCCGGUCACGCGCAGCAGAGCAAGCCGCCGCGGUUCCAGCGCAACCAGGAGUUCCAGCAUCAGUAUCAGCACAACGGCGAGCGCGAGGCGCAUCAUCAUCAUCAGCAGCAGCAGCAGCGAACCUCCUCGCAGGCGAACGAUUACAGAAGCGCGUUCUCUCAGUCACGCGCGAGCGGCGCGAUCGCCGGCGACAACAACGGUAACGAUGCCUAUAACAGAAAUCAGGCCGAGUCGCACGGAAGGAAUCUCGGUAGUAACAGAAACUCUAAUCACAUCGAUCCCGAGGCGAGAAACAAGCAUUCUUACGAUGCUUCUUAUGGUAGGCAUAGUCGAGCGCAACAAGACGGGGCCUCGAAAGUAUACUCGUCUAAUACAAGCGAAAAGAAUUUCAAGAAUCAGCUUAGGUACCAGCCGAACAGCUCGGCUGCUGCCGCCGGCUGCCGAAUGCCCGUGAAUCUCAGCGCGCAAAGAAACGAGGGCAAUUACGGCAAUCAGAACGCAGCCAAUGCCGCGGCAACGAUGUCCGGCAACGUUACGUGGAUGUGGCGAGUGGGCGACAAGUGCAUGGCCAAGUACUGGGAGGAUAAUAGGUAUUACAACGCUGAAGUCACUGGCGUGUCCGAGCGCACCUGUGUAGUGCAGUUCAAGGGAUUCGAGAACUACGAGGAGGUGCUGCAGGUGGACUGUAUACCCAUAACGGACGAUUAUCAGAUUCCGGAUCAGAUCUCGGACACGAGACGGCAAGAGCAACGUCCGAACAAUCGGCAACCGCGCUACGACCAGCAGAGUCACAACCAUAUAAGUGCAGGCAUGGAGUUCCGGCGAGGCGGGAGCGGCGCCGUUGCCGGCAACAAGGGGGGGUACAAUAAGAAACGCGGUCAGCAGCGGAGCACGCAGCCGAUCUACCAGCCACCGGCGCAGAGGAGCCACUACCCUACUACGCCGAUCAGUAGUGAAAAUAAUACUCAGUAUAAUUCCUUUCUUUAAUAUAACUUUCUAGUCUCGCGUCUUUAGUAACACGAACAUCCGGAUCUUACUGAGCGGCCGCACGUGCUGCAGAUCGCUGAUCCAACAGGUUGCCGCGCACUAAUCCGACAGGUGUAGACGUCAAUAGGCAGUUAUUAUUAUUAUGAUAGACGGUGGACGAUGUCCCGCGUUCGAGACUCCGGCUGAAUCAAGUGGGACGAUUUAACGCGAGGAGCGAGUCGGUUCUUCGCGCCGUACGCUAGAGAGAGAGAGAGAAAGAAAAAGAAUUGAAAAGAUUCUCAGUUCUGUAUAAUAUCUAAUGUGUUCUUGGAGUAUCAUUUGUAUUUCGUAGAGAGGUCGAUUCUUACUGUUCAUUGCGGAGCGGAGCGAUGUCUGUACCUCUGUCCACACACACUUUUAGCUGUAAUACUAAUAAAGUCUUGUAAUAUCUACAUCACGUCUCGACCCUGUAGUUCGUUUUAAUUAUAUACUUGCUCGUUACGUUUUCUAAGUAGAUUAAUUUAUAUCUGUACACUGAGUAAACGCGUGCUGCGUGGUCGUAAGUCGAUUUUUGUAUCCAUUAAAUGUAGCGAGUUUAUUGAGGACUAAUAUUAAUAAAAGUUUAGGUAACGC